GUGUCGUACCUCACAUUGCGAAAUCCGUGGGGGUAGUGAAUGCAGCGAUGUGAAGUGCAAAAAUCCACCUGACAAUGCCAAAUGCAAUGAGUUAGAUCCCUCCAGCGAAAAAGAUAUUCCACGUCCAACCGGGUCUAAAAUGCAAUGUUGUCCGUUAUGGAAAUGCAAGCAGAAUGACUCCUCUAAAUUUUUUACGUUUCAUGGUCUAAACGGUUCCGGACCAAUGGUUAGUGGAAGUGAAACGGUUCAUUACCAGUCGGACGAGCAGAUGGGCCGAUCUGUGACGAGUACUGCCGACGGAGGUCACGAUUCCGUCGCGAACGCGGCCACCAAAGAGGAAAUGGACGAAUUGGCACAGGCCUUAGCGGAUGCCGGAAUUUCGUAAAGAUUUAUUUCCUAAAAUGUUUGUACUCAGGUAUUUUUCUUGUAUGCCAUAUAUUUAUUAAGCCAAUUUUAUAAUGUGUCACAAAAGGGUAAUAAAUCAGACCCGAAGCAAUUAACACGAAAAAUGUUAUCAUUGUUCCAAUUCGACGGUUUACUUGCAAUUUACUUUGUGUCGUGUGGGCAUACAUAUGUAGGCCUUGACUGCAAAUUAUAUACAAGAAUUUUAUGACCAUGCAUACACACACUUUGGUCGUGACGUAAGUAAUUAGUUUUCCAAAUUUUUGAACCCUGGUGGAUUUAAUAUGGGGAUAAAUAACAAUAAUUAAUUAAAUAUAUUGAAGACAUUACUAGAAUUUAAUUAAGAUAAUAAUGUUCAAAAUUGUUCCACACCUUGUCCUGUCAAAUAUAAAUUCAAGGAGGUUUUUUUUCGUCGUGAUUCAUGGCAUCCUUCUCAUUCUGGGGAACAUUUGUCCCCUUUCGGGGGAAGGAAAUGAUCCCAAUCUCUGUAAAGGAAUCACUUGCAAACCCAAGCCAACUGCAGGGUUUUGUAUUGCGAGAAAUGCGACAACUUUGGGAGCAACAACGAGUUAUGGGGAACAAAGGAUUUGCUGCUCGGUGUACGCUUGCACGCACAAAAACGGGACAACGACGCUGCACUAUGGAAUGACUGGAUACAAUGCAACAAAAUCAAGUUCAAGUUCGAACGCGGCUGGAAAGGUGACUCCAAAACCGAAGAAAAAGUCUAAAAACGAGACCUGCUACGGCGUCACGUGUCUCGGAGGACAACCUUCGCCAAAUUGUAGAAAAUCUAGCCCAAGCGGAGUCAUGUCGCUGAUGGGAUUGGGAGAAGACUGUUGUCCAAUGUGGAUCUGCACGACAGGAGGUACAGGAUCUCUCUACUACUGGCAUUCUGGGAUGUGGCAAAGGUCAACAUACUGGAAAAGUGGAUCUUCCGCCACGGAGGCAGAUUUGGCAAGCUCGGUAACAGACCCACCACCUCCUCCGUCAAACGACACGAAGAUCAAAUCAGGAGGCGGUAGUAAAGCGAACAAAGGGGGAAAAGUUGUCGUCAAAAAGGAGGAGUGGGACAUCUCGUUAGACAUGUCGUGGGGAAAUCGACUCAUGGAAAUGGAACGUAGUGAAAGCUCCACAUGUCCAAAAGUGAUGUGUGUACCACCACAACCUGAAGUGACCUGUGGUGAAGUGAAGGCGUCUGAAAGUUAUAAAUUACUCGUAAUCUCGGACGGAAAUUGCUGCCCGAUUUACAAAUGUGCAGGAAAAACGACUAAAAUGUACUUGGUACAAUUUGGAAUGUAUUACGCCGAGCCACCUCCAAACAACACGGUAACAGAGAAUCCAGCAGCGUCCUUCGGUCCGGUCAUGAUGGUAUCCUCCACAACAGCAAUGACCGUGCAUUUGACCUCACCACAACCUACGCAACACAAAGGGAGAGGAUUCGAACGACAGAAACCAGUCACAACAACGCCACAUCCCAUCUUGACCUCAACGAAUAGAAUAAUCUCAACAACCCAACACCCCACAACAAUCAUCCCCACAACGCAAGAACCUACGACCACACUUGUUCCCACCACUACAGCCGCUCAAACAGAACCACCCCCAACAACACCCUCGCCCACCACCACCACCACCACGAAACCAACCAAGAAAACUAAAAAACCUGCAGUGACGACACCCACCACAACAUCCAAACCUACGACGACGACGGCAAAACCGACCACGACUACAAAACCAACAACAACAACUGUAAAACCUACGAAAGGAACGACCACGAAAGCCCCUACAAAAACUAAACCUCCCAAAAAACGCAUCCUGACGACGCAGGUUCCCACAACGCCACCUCCAACCACCCCCGACAUUACCACUCCUGUAGUUCAAACUACCAGCGGUACUACUGCUGGUAGUACCACCAGCAUGACCUCAACCAGUCAUCCUACGACAGAGCCCACUACUACUCAACAGCCCACAACCACUAAUAACGAAGUCAUAGAAAUCGACACACCCGAACCUCCUCCUCCACCACCUCCCCCGACAACUACAAAAGCCCCCUCGAAAUCAAAGCCAAAAACGAAAAAAACGCCAAAACCAAAAUCAACUCAGGGAGAAGAUUCGAUUAAAAACUCGACCUCGAAGAAUCCUCAGUGUCGCAAUAUGAAAUGUUUUCCAGCCCCCGACAAAGAAAAAUGCGUCGUUUCAAAAAUUACUGAUUGUGAGCUGCUCAUCCUCCUUGGGUCGGCGGUGGAUUGCUGUCCGGCGUUCAAAUGCUCGUCGGAUUCUGGGGACAAAUAUUCUGUCCAGUUUGGAAUUAGCGAUGGGAUUUCUGAAUCUGUCGUGAAAAGUCCGACGCCAGAAGAAGAUGAAAAAUCUGCCCCCAAAUGUGAAGACGAAUCCAACUCUGCUGACACCUCAUCCCCAGCCGAGACGAAAUACGAUAUCGAUUACGAGAACCAUGAAGCCCCACCACCAAAACCCUUCAUAAUUUUCGAUGUGCAAAUCCAAAGCGAUAAAUUCUCUCGGAAAGAGGUCCGUUACGUGAAGACGUGUAAGUCUGUAAAGUGCCAUCCGCCCAGUGGCGGUGGUUGGAGUAAGGCUCGCUGCAAAAAACUACCAAAAGGAUCUGUCCCCAAGAAACUGAAGCCCAAAGGGGUACUCGACUCUUGCUGUUCCAUAUGGCGAUGCCCCUUGAAGUCGAAAGAAGGGGGUCAAGGAGGUCGUACUUUUUCUUCGUCGUCGUCGUCAUCAUACAGCAUGCAUUAUGGUUUCAGUCGAUCUGGCGGAGUUGCCAUUAUUUUCAAAUAUACUGGUGCAAAUGUCAAAAAACUUCCAAAAUAUCUAAUCCUUAGGGAAGCUAAUCCAGAACCUCUUCAGGAGUCGAGUCUCUGCCCAGGAGUUCUUUGCACUCCGCCACUCCAAAAUACGGAAUGUACGCCCAUAAAAUCUAGCGCAUUGACAUGUCCACCAGGAUCUUUAAGGAGGGCGAAGGAGUGCUGCCCACUAUAUAAGUGCAGGAGGAGAGAUGGGUCGGAGUUAGUAAUGUACGGACGCACCUCACCCAAAAGCUAUGCGAAAGAAGGGAUCAAGUCAAUUCUCCAAACCUCAAGUCACAAGGAUGUAAAUAAAGACAAAUCCCCGAAAAACAAAGCUAAAAACGAACACAAGGGCAAGAAAUCCAACGAAGAGGAAGAUGAUUUCGAAGAUGAUGACAAUGAAAACGAUGCCGUUGAAGAGGGUGACGACAAGGAUGGAAUCUGGGAAGCUGAUUUCGUCACGGACGACGUCCCCACGGCGGAAGAAGAAGGCGGAGAAGAUGGUGAAGACCAGGUGGUUUUUGAACAACAGAAUGUCCAAUACACAAUGGUACAAUCGCAACCAAUGCCAAAUUAUGCAAUGAACGACAUGCAACUUCAAAACCAGAGGAUGAUGGAGAUGCAAAAUGCUCAAAUGAAUGCUAUGCAGGCUCAGAAUUUUGAAAAUAUGAGAAUGAUGCAGGGUGGGGGUGGGAUGGGUGGUCCGCCGGGAAUGGGCGCUGUCCCGCCACCGCCAGGAAUGGGUAUGAGCAAUGGAAUGAGUUCUGGAAUGGGGGGCGGGGGGAUGGUAAUGCAUCAAACCAUGGUCAUGUAUCGUCGCUAAUAUGAAUAAGUUAUGAAUGAAAUCUUUCGUCAAAACAAAAACCAAUCAAUAUGGAUGGAGGUUGAUGUAAUACCUACUCAUUUCAUAGGCAUAUUUCACACAGUUAAGUCAUCCACAGACUGAGAGAUCCCUUGAAAAAGAU